UCCCUGCAAGCUUUCAUAUGUUGUCCAUGCUCUCAGCUUCUGAUGUGGGGGAAAACAGAGUGAGAUUUCUCCUGCACGUUACAACAGAUCUGUCACCACCUGACGGUCAUGGGGAAACGCACUGAGGAACAACGAGUGUGUGACUAACAUCACACCGGGUCCACUUCCAGCAGCUGGUGCUGCCGUGCCGGCUGCGUCGCCAGUCAGAGGCAGAGGACCCGACCAUCUGAGGCGGAGUGGGGGUAGUCAGCUAAGCUGCUUACAGCCCGGCCAGCAGGCCCACGGUUGAGCUGAUGCGAAGAAAGGACGGCUUCAUCACGGCACACAAACAUGGCAUGUAAACAGAGGCGUUGUUCGGUACUGCUGGCAUCGACAUAAGUGGAUCAGACCUCCUGAAGGAAUGUUCACCCUCACAGAAGUAGCCUCGCUGAAUGACAUCCAGCCAACCUAUCGAAUACUGAAACCAUGGUGGGAUGUCUUCAUGGAUUAUCUUGGUAUUGUCAUGUUGAUGUUGGCCAUAUUUUCUGGGACGAUGCAGUUGACUAAGGACCAAGUGGUCUGUCUUCCCAUUCUGGAACAAACUCCAGAGGGGACUGGGGGCUUCUUAAGGCCCCAACCACCAGAGACAGCUGAUAGCUUAUGGAACAAAGAAAGUGCCAUUGGAGAGCAAGCCGCUCCUUUAAUGGCAAGAAGGCCUCCUGAUAGCAUCGCCCCUACAAUUCCCUUCACACAGUCGGGUACUUUUGGGCAACCUCAGCCUACAGGUGUCAGGACAAAGCUGGAUUUUCAGCAGUAUGUUUUCGUCAACCAGAUGUGCUACCAUGUUGCUCUGCCUUGGUAUUCAAAGUAUUUCCCAUACCUCGCUCUCAUCCACACUAUUGUAUUAAUGGUUAGUAGCAACUUCUGGUUCAAAUACCCAAAGACAAGCUCCAAAAUAGAACAUUUUGUUUCCAUACUGGGAAAAUGUUUCGAAUCGCCUUGGACUACCAAAGCGCUGUCAGAGACUGCCUGCGAGGACUCGGAGGAGAACAAGCAGAGACUGGCGGGUGCCUCCUCCCUCCUGAAGCAUCUGUCCACAAGCAGCGAGGAGGGGAGUCCAAACCAGUCCGCCCCAAUGCUGACUAAAUCUGGGGUCACAUUUUCAGCUGAAAAGCUGGUUAGUGAAGUUCCCGCCAUGACCAUACUGGACAAAAAAGAUGGCGAGCAAGCAAAAGCCCUGUUCGAAAAAGUCCGGAAAUUUCGUGCCCAUGUGGAAGACAGUGACUUGAUUUACAGGCUGUAUGCCAUUCAGACAGUUAUCAAAACAGUCAAAUUCAUUUUGAUCCUGUGCUACACCAUGACAUUUGUCGCCUCUAUAGAUUUUGACCACGUGUGUGAGCCUGAAAUAAAGCACUUGACUGGAUACACCAAGUUCCAUUGUACACACAACAUGGCGUUCAUGUUAAAGAAACUCCUUGUUAGUUAUAUUGCUCUCAUAUGUGCUUACGGUGUAAUUUGCAUAUACACACUGUUCUGGCUUUUUCGGCGACCACUAAAAGAGUAUUCCUUUGAGAAAGUCAGAGAGGAGAGCAGCUUCAGUGACAUUCCGGAUGUUAAGAAUGACUUUGCGUUCCUCCUCCACAUGGUCGAUCAGUACGACCAGCUUUACUCAAAGCGUUUUGGUGUUUUUCUCUCUGAGGUGAGUGAGAACAAACUACGGGAGAUUAGCCUGAACCAUGAGUGGACCUUUGAGAAGUUGCGGCAGCAUGUGACGCGCAAUCCUCAAGACAAGUUGGAACUCCAUCUGUUUAUGCUUUCUGGAGUGCCAGAUGCUGUGUUUGAUCUCACUGAUUUGGAAAUCCUCAAACUAGAAUUAAUCCCAGAGGCCAGGAUAACAGCUAAGAUCUCACAGAUGAUAAACCUCCAGGAGUUGCACUUCUAUCACUGUCCAGCCAAAGUUGAACAGACUGCUUUCAUUUUUCUUCGCGAUCACCUCCGGUGCCUUCAUGUCAAAUUCACAGAUGUCGCUGAGAUUCCUAGCUGGGUAUACUUGUUGAAAAAUUUAAGUGAACUAUACCUGAUUGGUAACCUGAACUCAGAAAACAACAAAAUGAUCGGACUCGAGUCUCUGCGAGAUCUCAGGCACCUAAAAAUUCUGCAUCUCAAAAGCAACCUCACAAAGAUCCCAACGAACAUAACGGAUCUUUCUCCGCAUCUGAUCAAGCUGGUGAUUCAUAAUGAUGGUACAAAGCUCUUAGUGCUGAACAGUUUGAAGAAAAUACUGAAUCUCGCUGAACUGGAGCUUCUUAACUGUGAGCUGGAGCGAAUCCCCCAUGCUAUCUUCAGUUUGACCAACCUUCAGGAACUGGAUCUAAAAUCCAACAACAUCCGUACCAUCGAGGAGAUCAUCAGCUUUCAGCACCUCAAGAGACUGACGUGCCUCAAACUUUGGCACAAUAAGAUCAUCACCAUUCCACUGUCAAUAAGCCAUGUUAAAAACCUCGAGUCGCUCUAUCUCUCACACAACAAGCUCGAAUCACUACCCUCAUCAUUAUUCACCCUUCUCAAGUUGAGGUACCUCGAUGUUAGCCACAACUCCAUAGUGGUAAUACCUCUGGAGGUUGGCUUUCUGCAGAACCUCCAACAUUUUGCCAUAAAUGGCAACAAAGUCGAAGUAGUUCCCAAGCAACUGUUCAAGUGCAACAAACUGAGGACCUUAUGCCUCGGCCACAACUGUAUCUCCUCCAUCCCAGAGAAGAUUGGCCAACUCUCGCAGCUGACACAUCUGGAUCUGAAGGGAAACUGUCUGGAUCGUCUCCCGGCUCAGCUCGGUCAGUGCAGCCUCCUGCGCAGGAGCUGCCUGAUUGUGGAGGAUCAUCUCUUUGACUCGCUCCCUAUGGAGGUCAAAGAGGGCAUCAAUCAGGAAUCUAGUGUUUCUUUUCCCAAUGGGUGUAAGUGUCUAAGUGAUGGACGGUAGUCACACCCUAUGUGGCAUCAAACGUCUGCCAUUUCACCUUAGGUGUGUAGAAGUCUUUUUUUAUCAUGGCACUAGAAAUAAUAGUUCAGGGUACGGUAUUGGUACACUUCAUGAUGUUUUAGCAACUUAUAUAAUGAGCAUACCACAGCACAUGCAAGGUUGGUACCACUGGAGAAAUUUUAGAUGAGCUUUAGAAAUGAUCAUUGCUUCUGUCUAUAUAUAUAUAUAUUAUUUUUUCAUUUUGUUCUCAGUUAAAGGGGAAUUCCGGUACUUUUCAACCUGGAUCCUAUUGCCAUCACCAUGCUUUUGUGUCUGAGUGACUAAUUGGAAUAGCAAUUGUUGAGAUUGGUCCAGAAUUGUCCAGUGUGUGACAACAUAAUGGAAAGGAUCCAUACAGAGGUCGGCUUCUUUGUUAAAGAGUAGCAUCCUUUUAAUAACAGAAACAGCCCCAAUAUCGUAAUCGUCAAAUCCAUCACUCUACUUAAAUAAACUUUAUCAUCGUAAAACAGGCUUCAUUUAAAGCCACAGAAGCAAAAUAAAACUCACAAAAGCUGACUUAUCUUUCCACUGUUCAGAUAAUCACCACCUCUGGUUUGGUUGAAAUAAAUCUUUUAGCCUAGCAGGAGAAAUAGCUUCCUGUGAACCAACAUGACAUUUUUCUUAUAAUGUGGUUUUUUGGGACCCUAAUGGUGUCUGGUUAAGAAUUUUUCUUGUUGCCAUGGACAACUCAUGGCCCUUGGGGUUUGUUUGGUGGCCAUCUUGAAUCGAUGUCCAAGCUAAUUACGAAAAAUGUAGAUUUUCUUCAACUGCGAUUCAAAAUAGCAGAAGUUACAUUGUUAUGAGCCUAAAAUGUGUCAUUUGCCUUUUUUAACCAAAAAAGAGAGGUAUGGACCUUUCCAUUUGAUUCCUGGUGUUCAAAUUACAUGGAAAAAUGGGUUUAUUUGUCUUUGUAUCUUGUCUGGUUGAUACUCCUGCUAGACUACUUAAUUCACCCAGCUAGAUGUGAAAAUAAAAUGGCUUAAUACACACUUAAUAAUUGUUUAUUUAAAUUGAGUCUGGUGGGUUUGGCGAUGGCCAUGUCAGGAAAGUUUCUGGUCAAACAAAAAGGAUUUUACUCUUAGGCAAAAAGGUCUAUCUCUGUAGGGAUCCUUUCCAUAAGUUGUCAUUACAUUGAAUAACAAUCUGAUCCUGUCAGUGGCAAAAACAAACACUUUUAGUGGACGUAACUUGAUAGUGUUCAAAUGCCCCGAGUGGUUACAUUGCAGCGUGGUUUUGCUGCUGCUGGCUGCAACAGUCUUGUUUAAUACUGAACAAAUUUUUAAAAAAAAAAAUUCCCAUCAGUCACUCGGUCACAGAAACAUGGGAAAAUAGAGUCCAGGUUGGAAAGUACCAAAGUUACCCUUUAAUAUAGGUACAUAGUAGAAGUUAAAUCACUAUGCUUAUAUUUUUUUACCUUUUGUAUGCAGAAAUAUCCACAGUGGUUCUACGGAAAUUUGUAUCAUUAUGAAACAAUCCCACAUUUUAUCCUUGCGUUUUUAUAUUCACACAUUAACUAGAUACACUUGAUGGACGUCAACUUAAAGAAACAGUUCACUCAAGUUCCUGUAAUGGUAUUGAGCCAUGCAGGUAGUUUUAACAUUUCUGCCUCCACUAAAUAAAGUGGAUGCGAGUAGAACUUGGGCUGUGGCACUCGCUGCAAUAAAACAUAAUGUUUGACAAAAAUCGACAUUUCUUUCCAGUAGCAGUGCACCCAUUACCCUGGAUAAGACCUUGCAGUUUUUAUUAACCUACAUUUUAUCACAGAAAUAUUCUUAGUGUAACCUGUUUACAGCAAGUGUGUUAAAUAUCUAGAGUGACUGGGUCGCUGCUCCUGAAAGGAGGUGUAGCUGCUGAAAUUUUUAAGGAUUUUCCAUCCGUUUUAUUGGAAUGGAGGCAGAAAUCUCAGUAUUGAUAUUUCAAAACUUGAACAAGUCAAACCAAAAUCUGAAUGGAAAAAGUCAUACUAAGGGAGCAAAUAUGUUUUUCUGUUUCUCCACAAACCACCAUGAUUUACAAGCAGUGUUAUUGUUUGCGCCAGUGUUGCAAAUCAACUGGAUCACUUUCUGUUUUCCUCAGAGCCGAGCAACUACCAUGUUGUCUACAGUUACUCCAGUUGUUCCACCAUCAGGCAUUUCUGCUAACGGGGACAGUAACUGCAAAGACUUUACAUCGCAGUCCAGUCCUACAGAAAUACGUGAAUGACCUCUUAACACCACAUAAUUACGUUGAGUUGAAAUGACAUGACUGCACCAUGGAAACAAGGCCAAAGGAAAAGUCAGUGAGGAUCUUGUCGUGGUGGGCACACGAGUAUCCUGGUUAAAUGACAUCAGGUGCGAGAUUUAUUGCACGAUCCUAUAGAUUGUUAAAAGAGCAACAAAGUCCACAUAGGAAGGAGGUCGGGUUGGUGCAGGGGCGUAGCCAUUAUUUCAGAGGUGAGGGGGACAGAUGGUUCUGGAGUAAGGAAGGAACCAAACCCAAAUAAUCAAAAACACCUGAUGACUUAGGAAAAGAGGUCAUCUUUUAAUGUCAGCUAACCGUUAUCAGAAACCACGCAACUCAACUUACAUGGUUUGAUAUAAAGAAGGAGUGCAGGGUUUUCGUCCUCUUGCUAGCUUGUUUGCUGUACAUUUUUAUUCAAACGUAUAGUACUUCCAACUCAGUGCUUAGAGAGGCAACAGAGGGAGCAUCCCAGACAUCCUUCUCCCCAGCAAUGCUUUCCAGCUCCUCCUGAGGGACCCCAAGGCGUUCCCAGGCCAGAUGAGAUAUAUAAUCCCUCCAGUGUGUUCUGGGUCUGCCCCGGGGCCUCCUACCAGUGGGACGUGCCCAGAACACCUCUAACGGGAGGCCCCCAGGAGGCAUCCUGAUCAGAUGCCCGAACCACCUCAACUGACCCCUUUGACGCAAAGGAGCAGACUUCUCUGAGCUCCCUCCGGAUGUGCGAGCUCCUCACCCUAUCUCUAAGGCUGAGCCCAGCCACUCCACGGAGGAAACUCAAUUCGACCACACCAUUUUUUCAGUCAUUACCCAGAGCUCAUGACCAUAGGUGAGGGUUGGGACGUAGAUGAGCCAGUAAACUGAAAGCUUUGCCUUCCGGCUCAGCUACGUCUUCACCACGACGGUCUGGCAACAGACCACCAAUCCAUCUCACGCUCCAUUCCACGCAUGCAACGUGUUGUAGUUAUUUGAACUGUAAACAAUAUUUUUCUGAACCUUACCAAGAAGUUUUGGUGCCUAAACCCAACUGUGCUACCACCAUGCGAUGUGAUGUUCAGAGGUCAUUUCAUGUAUUUCAGUUCUCAUACUCUUCAGUAAAUGGGAAUAGUCACUGAUAGCUAGCGAGGAGAGUGGUAGCACUGUCCUCCUCCUGUUGUGUUGCACAUUGGUUGACACACUUCCUUAGUGCUUUAAUGGAGCCUUCAGUUUCACAGGAGAUCGUUCCCAGUGGCAGACAAAAUUGCAGAGUGACAACGAGGCUUAUGUGGAACCAAUCUAACCACUGAUAAUGUUAGUCUGUAGCCAUUACAUUUACUUUAUCACAAUUUAAAGCAGAAACCUGCCUCUUUACACUUUAAAAUUAUUACUGCUUCAAUGGCUUCCAAGGUCAAGACCAACUCUUUUACUCUACCACUACAGUAUAGACCACAAACAAUGAAAUAUGCUGCACAAACAAAUUAAAUAACUCUAUAGGUAUAACCAAGUAUUAACCUUAUGCAUUCCAGUUUUCAUAUACUUGUAAUAUUUUUUCACGUCACACACCAAAAUGGUAAAAGUUCCCAUCCAAUCCUUUCUCUACUUUUUGAAACGUCUUGAAUCAUGACAUUAUUUUUGAUACAGUUGUUUGGUUUUGUUUUUUAGAAGGAGACAGUAGAUUGUUUCUAGCCAACCCACAAUGACCUUCAUUAGUUGUAUUUUUGCUCACAUGUUUAGUUAUGUUUCCUUCUUGUAGAUCGUGUAUUUAUCAUGCAUUUUGUGUGUUCUUUCUAUGUAUUUAUUAUGCCAUUGUCUUUUAUGGGUUCUUUUCUCUGCACAGCACUUUGUAAACCUGGUUUUAAAAUGUGCUACAUGAAUAAAAAGAUGACUUAUUACACUGUUAUUAUUAUUUGAAGAUAGAAAUGAGGCUCUUUUUUUGCACCAAAAAAGGAAUUAUUCUUUAUAAUUGUACAGUUUAAUCUUGAUACAUUUAAGAUAGGGAUGCAUGAUGUUGGACUUUUUGCUGAUAACCAAUACGCCAAUAUAUGACAACUUAUUUGGUGGAUAACCGAUACCGAUAUCGAUAUAUAUCCUUUUUUUUGCCCCACCUGAUUUUAAUGAUCAAGUCUCUUCUGUAGUGGAAUUAACAUCAUAUUAUACAUGCAUACUCUUAUCGUGAUGGCCCACAAGCAGAUGGAGAUGUGAAGUAGAAAAUCUAACGUAUGUGUAACAUUUAUUUAUUGUGCAAAAUAAGGAAAAGCACAUUAGCCGAUUCUGACUGCUCAUUUUAAAGCAGAUAUCGGCCAAAAUCGAUGUCGUGCCAAUAUUAUCAUGCAUCCCUGAUUGAAAUAGCUUUUUAGUUUAUUCAAUGUUAACCCCCUUGAAACCUGAGCAAAUUGACUUGAUUUCUUUCAAAAACCUGGAAAGGCAACAACAGAAGAAAUGACCCCAAAACUCUGCAAGA